UGUUCUGUGCUCUAAAGCACAGAACAAAGUUUGAAAGAACAGGUUUCAAGCUGUUCUGAUAAGAACAAUAAAUGUGAAAGGAGAGUAAAGAUUGAUUGAAUCAUGGGAUACAAGGGUCAAAGAGUAAUAUAUCGAACUGAUUCGUCUGUUCCGAAAGAAGACUCCAACUGGAUUUGAACUCGCCUUUCAUAAAUGAACAGGAUCUGCUCGGGAACAGAACAGCUUGGAACUGUUCAUUCUAAGAUUCUCUUAUUAUACCUGUUCUGCAACAACUUUAGUUCCUUCACCACAGAGUGCCAGACCAUAGAUUACGUAAUAUAGAAAUCCUGUUAUCAAUGUUGUCUAAAACCAAAUUUCUUGGGAUGUUCCGUUGAUUAUUGAUAUUAUUGAUUCUUAUUUAUGGCCCUUAUAGAUAAAUCACCUAGCCUUCUUGACUUUCAUCUAAUAAAAUGGGUUUCACUAUAAACAAGCAGAUUGUUAGGUUUACUCCUGCAAUAUUAAUUCUUUCUUGCAUUUUUACCGUGUCUGUCCUAUAUUAUUUUGAGAGAAGAAAGAAGAAAACUCCUAAAACAUGGAUUAAAGUUGGAAAUGUAUCGAAACUAUACACAUAUCCUCUGAAAAGCGGACGUUAUAUUGAGCAGGACAAAGUGGAAUGUACAAAAUUUGGCUUAUCGCUCAUUACUGAUGAAGAUAAAUUUCAGCUUAGAGAUCGAUCCUUCAUUAUUUAUGGUGAAGCAGAUUCAGUUGGAAAAUCUGCCAGAAUAUAUCCAAGCAUGGUUUUAAUAACAAUUUGGAGUGCUGGGAAAAACCUUGUAAAACUCACUGCUCCAGAAAUGAACCCUUUUAUUUUUGAAGUACCCUCUAAAAAUAAAUCAAAUAUUAAAUCCAUAAAGUUUCAGAACUGGAGUGAUGAAAAUGUUUCCACUAUAGACUGUGGAAAUGAUGCUUCAAAAUGGAUUUCAAAAUAUCUACUUCAGAAAGAAACAGGAUUACGUUUAGGAUAUCAUGAUGUUUCUUCAUAUAGAAGUUUAAGUUCUUUCAAGAAUAAAGAGAGUCUGAAUUUCUACAAAUACCUCUCAAAUGAAUGUUUUGGACUUUAUGCCGAUUUAGCUGCUGCACUCCUUUUAAAUGAAAAAACGCUAAUGGAUUUGAAUGAAAAACUUGAAAACAAAGUUUCUAGAACUCACUUCAGACCAAAUAUAGUUGUUGACGGACCUGACCUCCUUCCAUUUGCUGAAGACGAUUGGGUUUGGUUGAAAAUUGGCGAUGUUAUUGUGAGAAAUGUAAAAGAUUGUACGAGAUGUGUGCUUUCAACGGUGGAUCCUGAGACUGGAUUAAGAGACUUGAAUAGGGAGCCCCUUAAGACAUUGUCAAAGUAUAGAAUCAGUAACGGCCCAGGAAAAGGUCCAAUAAUGGGGGUAAAUCUGGAGAUUGUUGCUCCAGGAGUUAUCAGCGUUGGUGAUGAGGUUUUUGCGGGUAUCGAAGAGUAGUUGCUCAUUUUAAUACAUGCAGAGCGUUUAAAAAUACAGCUGUGGUUGAUUCUCAGAAUGAAUCUCAUAAUGUUGCUACAUUCCCCAUCUUGACAGGUAUACAGAAUGCAUGGAACAAAUGUCAGAUGAAUCUUAUAAUAAUCUGCAUUUAAAAUUGAAAACAUUUUGGUGUGUGAAUGUUUGUCGGAAACUGCCUCAAAGCUGAGCAGAAUACUCGUCAUUUAUAUGUGGAAUUAAUUUCAUUAUUUGUACUGAAAAUAGUUUUAAUUUUUUAUGUGCUUAGGUGGAAGAAUUUUCUUUUAUCUGUUUCUAAGUAGAGCGUUAGGGUUAACUAAGAUGCAUAAAAACGGUUAUGAGCAACAUUGA